GGAGCCUAACCCUCGCGGCUUGAAACUCAAAGUUAACCGCGCCGCCGAUGCGGACAGUCCUCUCCGCGCUCUCACAAGGCGAAGCGAGAAGAGGAGAGGAGCGCAACAGCCGAGAUGUCAUGAGGCGCGGUGCAAUGGCGCGAAACACUUGAUUGACGACGGGAUAUGCGGCGGCGCGACGAUGCGAUUUUCAUCGUUUUUUCCAAAACGAUCCGCGAAAAGAUCCUUCUGUCCACCCAUUUGAAUGAAUGCGCACGCAACUUGGUGGUGAAGUAAAAAAACGCAUCGCGGAAACACAAUGUACGGCAUGCUGUUGGAGAGUGUGCAGCACUUCGUGCAGUUAGAAUACGGGGAGGAUAUGUGGCUGCAGCUACUGGAAAGAGCUGAUUGCAAGCAUAUGGUCUUCAACACGCGACAAACGUAUCCGGACGAGCUUAUGACCAAUUUAGCUGCUGCAUUGGCCGAAUUUAAUGGCGAAUCCGUGGAGAAUGUGAUGCAAUUCUUUGGAAAGUGUUUCGUUAGAUUUUUUAGCAACCUAGGAUAUGCUUGUAUGAUAAAAGCCACUGGGCGUUAUUUUUGCGACUUUCUACAAAACGUCGACAAUAUUCACAUGCAGAUGAGAUUCACGUAUCCUAAAAUGAAAAGUCCCUCGAUGUACACGACCCACAUCGACCCACAAGGCGUAGAGUUAGUCUAUCGAAGCACCAGGAAAGGAUUUACGCAUUACCUUAUGGGUCAAUUAUUUCAAAUAGCUAAAGAACUUUACGAGACAGAUUUGGUCAUACGUGUAUUAGGAAGUUCUAAUAAUAUACCUGGGUCCAGAAGCGUGAUGGUUAAAUUUAGAAUCGAUUUUGACAAUCGUGAAUACAUCGCGAAGAACAAUAGAAUGAAAACUCCACUUAGCCGUGAAUUAGCGCCAGUGUCAAUUUCAUUUCUCUUACGGCUUUUCCCAUUUGGUGCGAUAAUCGACAAAGAUAUGAGGAUAUUAGGGGCUGGUGAUAAAUUGCUGCAAGCGUGGGGUGGCAGCUCCUCCUCCAUCCUGAAUAAGCACGUCACGGAUGUUUUUAAACUUCGUAGGCCUAAAGGAAUAUCCUUCACGUGGGGAAAUGUGAUAUAUCUACAUUCGGUGAUGUUCGAAUUGGAGAUGAUCAGAUUAAACGAUCAAAAUGCUUCGUCGAACGCAGUCAAUACACCGAGUACGAGCACGGGAUUGGACAGACGAGGUAGUCAAGGAGCUAGGAGCAUACUGCUUAAAGGUCAGAUGAGAUAUAUCGAGGAUCUCAAAGCGAUCAUUUUCUUAUGUAGCCCCUUAAUUAACAGUUUAGACGAAUUGCUUAACAUGGGCCUGUACCUGAACGACCUGAAUCCCCACGGUUUGAGCCGUGAGUUGGUACUCGCUGGAUGGCAGCACUGCGGAAGAUUGGAGAUGAUGUUCGAGAGAGCGGAACAAAGAUCCACGGAAUUGGAGAACAGCUACGCGUUAUUGGAUCGUUGGAAGAACAAGAGCGACGAACUUUUGUAUUCUAUGAUCCCUCAGACUGUCGCAGAUCGAUUGCGUGCUGGCGCCAGUCCUUUAAGCACUUGUGAGUCGUUCGAGUCUAUUUCCGUGUUAUUUUGCGAGCUGUGCGACUUCGAUUACUCGACGAUCGAGGGUGCAAUGGAUAUUGUCUCGUCGAUGAACGCCGUUUUCUCCUGUUUCGACUCGCUGAUGGACGAGUUUAACGUGUACAAAGUAGAAACUGUCGGUCGAAUUUAUAUGGCAGCCAGUGGGGCACCUGAUAGAACGGAAAAUCAUGCGCAGAACAUCGCGGAUGUCUCGUUGCAGCUGCUAAAACACGUUCGAUCCCUUAAGUUACCCUCUGGUUUAGAUAUACAAAUUCGUAUAGGAAUCCAUUCUGGACCAGCUGUGGCAGGUGUGGUUGGCAUCAAAGUACCUAGAUAUUGCUUCUUCGGUGACACUGUGAAUACUGCUUCUAGGAUGCAAACGACUAGCCUGCCAGGAAGGGUGCACAUCUCGUCUGACGCCAAAGCCUUAUUAUCGCUGGAUCGCUAUCACGUUGAAUCACGCGGAUUGGUCUGGGUCAAGAUAUCAAACGAUAAGGAAAAGAAUUUGCCAGCGUUAAACGUUACGAGCAGCGAGAUAGAUAAUUUAAAAUCGAUAGAUGAAGUCUCUUACAUCGAUUUCGAUCCAAUCUCUUCGAUACCAUCAAAGAGACCGAACGUCUGCAACAAUUGUGCGUGUGGCAUAGGACGGAAAACAAGAAUCAUAGGUGGAAACGUAACAAGCGUUUACGAGUAUCCAUGGAUUGUUAGCAUGUUUAAGGAAAAUGCAUUUUAUUGCGCUGGCAGUUUAAUCACGCGAAAACAUGUACUCACGGCAGCUCAUUGUUUGCAAGGAUUCGACAGAAGAGUGAUCAAACUUAUCUUAGCGGACAAUGAUAGAACGAAAGUAGACAGAAAUGCUAUAAUUCGUCGUGUCAAGUCGGUCGUUAUACACGAGAAUUUUAAUAAAUACAGCAAAUAUAACAACGAUAUAGCCAUUAUCGAAAUGGAUCGGCCAGUGAAUGUGAAUGGCAUCGUGCGAACCGCCUGUUUGCCCGAAGACAAAGCUGUCGAUUAUACUGGAGCAACAGCCACAGCAAUUGGUUGGGGUCAAACGGGGGAAUAUGAGCCUGUGAGCAAUAAAUUGAGAAUAGUCAAUCUCCCAAUUUUGUCCAAGGAGGAAUGCGAUCAAGCGGGUUACUACAAACAUAUGAUCACCGAAAAUAUGUUUUGUGCGGGAUAUUUGAAGGGUGAAUUCGACGCUUGCUUCGGUGACAGUGGUGGUCCUCUCCAUGUGAAGAACAGGUUUGGAUACAUGGAAGUAAUAGGUAUUAUUUCAUGGGGUCGUGGUUGCGGAAGACCAAAAUAUCCAGGUGUUUAUACAAAAAUAACAAAUUAUCUGGAAUGGUUGAAAGAUCAUCUACACGAAGAAUGUAUGUGUUCACCGUCGUCGUCACAGAGAUAUUAACUUUCUAUUUCAAAAAUCUUCUACACUUAAGAUAAAGUACAUAAUUCAUCAGGAUCACACAUACCUUUCCAACAUCGAUCUUUCGUUACGUAACACUUUUAUAUCCGUUAAGAUAAUCGACGCAACAAUACGAUCAGUAUUAUCGUUAUAUUCCAUAGUUGAUAAGUUAAUUUUACUUAAUAUGUUUAUAAAUGUUUACAGCAGAUAGUUGUUACUGCCACUUCACAAUCUGAUUGUAAAUAAUUGUUGAAUUUGAAUUAGAAAUCAUCGUAUCUAUCAUUAAUUUAUUGCAAUUGUUGGGAUACAAUUGCACAUAGUUGAGGUGAUCUAGUCCAGUGUACAUAUAUGACAAGUUCCACAAGAUUUUUCUGUGAUGUUCCGCGUUUUCUGUAUUGAAACGAUUGUUGAAUAAAAAAAUUUGUGUUUA